AUGUCCGUGGAGGCUCGCACGGGGCGAGAACACCAGCUCUACGAGGACGGGUGCCGGUUGGUGGCGGGGUAGGCCCCUCUUUCCAUUUGCCCAUCCCCUGAUUUUCAGCUGAUGGCUGUAAUUCUCCCCAUGAUAGCCGAGUCGACGUCUGUACGUGGGAAGAUCCUCUUCCCAGCCUCUUCGACCACCUAUAUCCUGCUUCCCCUUCCCUUCUCUGGAAGAGUAAUCAAGCUGAAUGGGUCCAUGUUUCUAGUUCCUUAUUCGUUCGGGGGAACUUAUCGUUCGGUGGAGAAAUCUUCUCAGGUCGAUUGUCAGCGAAAUCCUGCGAUGGGUCUCUCCCCGUUGCACUACCCGGCGGCCUCAAUCAUUAUCAUUCGUAGGUUUUUAUCUUAGGAUUUAGACAAACUCAAACCUGAUAGCCGGUACAGAAAGUGCUGCUGAUUCGUGAAAUUUCUGAAGUUUGCAGUCAGGAUGUGGAUUGAAUUGUUGACUUUCUCCCUAUUAACCAUGAUCUACGAUCUGCAAACAGGUGUGUCCCCUACAGGCUCAAAGCAGGGGCGGAUCUUUCUCAACUAACAGCGACGAGAGUCGCCAGCGUUGAAGACAAUAUAGAGGUUCUUAUGAUCUCCUCACCCAAUCGCAAGGAUCUCGUUUUCCCCAAGGUACUGCCCUCCGGGCAAACCCUCUCCGCCCUCAACGUUUGGUUCCAAGAUUGUAUCCUUUGAUUGCUCGGAAGAACCCUCUCUCAUGGUGAGGAUACGACGGGUCUUUUCAUGGUCAGGGAGGAUGGGAAAAGGACGAAACGAAGCGCGAAGCUGCAUAUCGUGAGGCGUUGGAGGAGGCGGGGAUCAAAGGAACCAUUCAUGUAAGCUUUCUUCUCCGAGUUUAAGGCUGUAGCAAGGGGAUAGAAGUCUUAAAUUUGCGUCUCGCUCUCGUCUUCUCUUCGGAACAGUUUCUAUUUAUAGCAGUCAACGAAGAAUGGAAAAAGACUCUAUUCGUACGCAAUUCGGCAUCUCAUGGAUCCGUAUUCUCUGUUCUUCCUCCAGAAUUAGUCUUAUAUGGCAGUGGUGAAAUACGACUCGUUCACGCGGCUUGUUCCAGUACUACUGUCAGACCGGAAUUGGAGAACCUCUCUAAUGCCCCCCUAUUCCCCUUCAUCCCCUCUGUCGCAUACUCAUAGUUUUGGUGAUUCUUUAGAUUCUUUAGAAGACUAUGAUAGUCUAGAUGAUAAGCUAUUCCAGCACAAAUCUCCAGCUCCUGGAAUCUAAACUAAACAGGAAUUUUCGCCCAUUUGUUAGAAAAAACUCAUCUUUCUGUAGACAUGGUCAAAAUUCUUCUUGGAAUUUCCAUCACGGUCAACCUAGAGGGAAAAGUUGAUUGUUUAGAUGCUUUGACGAGCUUUCAUUGUAAGAUAGAUCUCCAACUCUUUCUUCACGAGGUUCCCUGACCACUGAAGCAACGUCAGACUACCGACAGUUCUGCAUCGAAAAUGAAUGAUCUUUUGACUUUUUUCCCACCGAGACGAGGGGGACCCCACACCUUGUCCGUAAACGUAGUCAGAUUGAACCGGAGGGAACCAGCGUUCCUAGUUUCAACAACUGGUGUCAACAUUAGAUAUGUCGUCAGCAGUGACGGUGAAUUUCCAAUUGCGGUAAUCUUGGAGUUGAUUUCGAGAGUGUAGGUGAGGAAGAGUUAAAUGGUCCCACAAUGAAUGAGUGUAAGAAAGAGUAAAUACCUGGAUGAUGUGGAACAGAAUGACCGGAUCCUUCAGUGCCUCCAUUUCCGUUCUGCACGUGUUGUUCAUACUCCAUUCCUCAGAGCAGUGGAAUCGUGAAGAAGGUGAUAACGAAAGACGGCCUACCGUGUCGAAUUUACAGGAGAAACUGCUAGGAAUCUGGGAGUCGAGGAGCAAGAGCAGCGAGAUCAGCCGGAAUCCCUUGGGGACAUGCAAAUGUCACUUCUUCGCCAUGGAGGUGAAAGAGGAGCUCGACUCAUGGCCGGAGCAGGCAUAUCACGAGAGGAGAUGGGUAAGUAUUGUGGUCACCGGCACGGCUCUCACCCUAUCUACUUCUCUCUCCUUUUAUCUCACUGCACCGUUCGUCCCUUUCAGCUGUCUGUGGGGGAGGCUCGGGAGCUCUGCCGGUACCCGUGGAUGAGAGAGGCCCUGCAGAGAUGUGUAGAGUUUCUGGAGACCCAGACCACGCCUGCAUCCGAACUGUCCUCCUGCGCUAAGAAGCCGAAAUUCAUGGAGAACAUCCUCAGCACUGGCGCAAAGCCGUCGCCCCCGAACUGCAUGGACAACGUCCUUAGCAAUGGCACCGUCUUGUGUAGCUCCUCUUAA